AAGUCUCCAGUCCCAGCUGCAGCUCUCCAGCCAUGUCUUGAUCUCAGGUGGGACCCUUAGACUGGAUUCCGGCCGUGCCAGAAGGCAGAGGAAUUGCCUGGUGGCACAGGGCGAGCACCUACAGGGUGUGAGCUCUGCCCUGGCUCAGCUCUGGGUUUGGUGUGGAGCUGCACAGGGCUCUGCGUGCUGGGAAAUGUCUCUGGAGCAUCCAGCGCUCCACACUGGGUCUGGAAUUUCUAAGCUGAUCCUCUCUGGUUCAGAAGUGUUCUGUCUGCUGGUCUCCAGGACAGCCCUGUCCAUCUGUGGGAGGUCUUGCUGCUGCCUUCCUGCACCACAGCAUGGUGCGGGACAACUCUUGGUGCGGUUGGUGCAGCUGAAUGGGGCAGUGGAGAAGAAUGGUUCUCUGCUCCACCAGAAACUGCUGGGAGGGGAGUGACAGGAUCUCCGUUAAUGUCAGUUUGUGGUCAGGGUGUGAGACAGCUCAUAGGGUGCAGGAAUUUCUGCAGGAAUUCUGACCGUUUGAGUGGGCCACAGGGAGCGUUCACAGAAAGGAGGGGAAUUUUUUUAAGCAUGAAGGUGAGGUGAGAGUGAUGAGGCCCCUGGUGAACAAUGUCCAGGUAUCCCUGGUCUCAGGUGAGGCUCCUGCUGCGUGUCAUGCUGGUGGGGCAGACACUGGGAUAUAAAGAGCGUCUGGAAAACCAGCCUGUUCGUGCUCACAGAAAUCCAUGGGGACAUUGAUGGAAAAUUAGACUUCCCAUUCCCUUCCCUGUGAGCAUUUAACCAUGGUUUCUCUUUCUCCUUCUAGGGAAACACUGAGGUUCUGCAGCAUGGCUUUACGUUUCCGUGAUGUUCUGUUCUAUGCCGUUCCUGGAGCGGUGGGACUUCUUGGGUGCUGGUGGAUCUACUCCCGUAUGAAGAAAAAAGCACUAAGCCCUAAGGAAGGGCAGGAGGAGAAAGUGCAGGAGAAAGAUCCUCAUAGCCUGCCCAUCUCGGCGAAGGAGGAAUGCCGAGAGAAAGAAACCUCGGCCUCUGUGCUGCCAGCAGGGGCAACAAUGCCCGUUACCUCUCCAGAGAAGUGGGAAGCCUGGGAGAAGGAGCUGAUGGAGAAGGAGGCCAGGCUGGCUCAGCGAGAGCAGCAGCUCCAGAGAUGGUGGCAGGAUCUGGAGCGCGAGCGCAAGGAGCUGGAGCUGGAGAAGGCCUCCCUCCAACUCAAAGGCCAGAGCCAGAUUCCCAAUCCACUGAAGAAACUCACAAGAGUCCUCACCCAGUCUGGGGCCACUGAGUCCUCCAAGGAGAAGAGCCCUGCUCGUCCUCAGCAAGGCCACAUAGAUUCAGAACCGUCUGUCUCCCCAAAACGGAACACUCUCCUAAUGACACUGAAAGAGAAAAGCCCUUUCCGUUCUCCUGAUAAAACCAAAUCGAUGGACCAGGCUGCUGAGGAAGAGCCCAGAUGCGAGAAUGCUCCUUCAGUUCAGCCAAAACCAAGGAGAAGGAGUAGGAGAGGGAAACAAAAGGAGGACUGUUAA